UGGAAAUGUCUCAAAAGGCUUAUCAAAGUAUUAUGGAUGCCAACAUUUCAGCUACGUAAUUGUUGCAAGAAGGUACACAAGAAUAAAAUCAAAAAUAGAAAAAUACAAUUAAGGAUAUUAAAUAUUGAGGAGAAUUGAAACUACUCUGAAACAGGAAAAGGAAGCGCCUACUAUUCCAUUAUCAUAAAUUAAUCAUCUUCUCUCUGUUGUAACCAACAAUAUUGGUUGUUUUUAUUAUAUGUAAAUUUCAUUCAAUCUAGCAUCAGGGUUGACAAAUUUCAAGCAGCCGAGAAAUAUCUCAAGUAAUCGAUUGAAUACUUACAAUUAUCCAUCCCAGACGAAACCUUGCUUAUCACCUUAAUUAACUUAGUUAUUCUCUUUAUCAAAAAUGAAAAAUACUAAGAAGCGAGCAGAUACAUAGAAUAAAGCUUUACUGAAUUGAAUUAAUUGCAAGAUCAACAACUCAAUCCAAAAAUUAGAUUAUUCUUGGGAGAUCAUUCCUCCGUUAUGACCUUACAAUCAUUGGAGGCCAUCCUACUAUUUUACAGUGGAUUGACAUUUUAUGAAUUGGGAUAAUCAAGCAAUGCCCUCUAAGCUUGGAAGAAAGUGAUUGACAUUUUGUAAUCAAAUACUAAAUCGCCUUAUUACAUUUUGACCAAAUCAAAAAUUCAAAAUUUAGAAGUUGAAAAUGUAGCCAAGAGUAAUAAAGGGAAUUUGUAUUCUAGUCGAUCACAUCUAAAAUCAGAUCGUAUCAAUAAAAUCUUAGAGUAAUAUUCUAAAGAUAAUGAAAAGCAAAAUUAACAAAGUUUUCGUCUUUUGAGUUAGAAAAUCAAAAAAAAAGUAAAUUGAAUAAUAUAAAAAGAUAGGUAAUGAAGUCGGUGAUUAUCAAUAACCAAAAUGGUAGAAUAAAAUCGAACAUAAUGAAAAGAAAAUCGAAAUCAAUAAUUACUUUAGUGAUUAAAAGAAAAUACAAGUGCAAAUCAAUGUCAAAGAUCUCUUGCAUUAGAAAUCAAUCACUUAGAGAGACAAAACUAGAGAUAUGCCUCUAAGUUCUCAUACUUCUAGUGUUAAUUAAUAACUUAACAAAGCAUUAAAAAAGAGACCAACUUAACACAUUGAAAUUAUCGAAAAGUUGAACAAAACACACAAUGAAAUCUAUAAAAGCUACUUAGCACAAAGAAGCAAUAAUGGAAGUAAAACACAACGAGGAGAUUCAAGUAUUCUUUUUAUUUACAAUUUUCUUAGAUAUUGAUAUCAGAAUUAAAGUCAAUGAUAAAAGCUCUCACUCUUAGAAUACUAUUCAACACAACAAAAGUCACGAUAAAAAGUCUGUUGAUCUCAGGGAAUCCCCUGAAUUAUGCGGAAGUCCUUAACAAUUCUUCAAUAUGCUCUAAUCUACUUAGAGUGUCAUUAAAAGUCAAUUGAUGAGAUCAGGCAGCUAAGGAAGUGUAUCUUAAACAUCUCCCUUUAGAUUGGCUUAGAGUUAGGGAGAACAACCAAAAAAUACUUCUAAAUUACCUCUUGAUUAUGCCAAAACUCAUCGUCCCAUGGUUGAUACUUAUGACAAAGCCAUUAAGGAGUUAUAUCAAAAUUAAUAUGUUUAAAUUGAGAACAAAAAGUUCAAUAGAAUUUAUGAUUUGGCUUAGAGUGUGAAAAAUAGGAUGUCAAAUAUAAAUAAGAUGCUUGUCCAAUAAGAAAAAAGUCAAUAAGUCCUUUAAAAGCAAUUUUAACAAGAGUUUAAUUAAUCUUAAGAUGAAGACAGUUGCGAGACUAUCAUUAGAAUGGAUUGA